GGCAGAGCAGAUGAUUAGGAAGAGAUUAAUUAGUUUCAGUUGUUUUUUAUCUCUUAAUAAUUUUUCUCUUAUUCUUUUUUUAAUAAUUUUUACCAAAACAAUAAUAACAAAAAUCAUUAACAAACUUUCUCUCUUAGAGGGAAAAAAAAUGAGAUUGUUUCAAUCUCUUUUUCCCUCUAACACACCAUAAUUCAUAUUUAUUGCUGUUCUUGACCAAUAUUUUAUUUAUAUUUUGGGUUUUUAUAUAUUUUUUUUUUCUUGUUCAUAUAAAUAUAUAGAUAAAGUAAUUUUGUGUGAUUUGGGAAAUUGAUUAUGACAAGGGGUGUUAUAGAGAAGAAAGAAGAAAUUGUUGCAGUGGCUAUUGAUAAGGAUAAAAGUAGCCAAUAUGCUCUUAAAUGGACUGUGGAUCAUCUCAUCACCAAAGGCCAAACCAUUACUUUGCUUCAUGUUAAACACAAAGCUUCUUCUGUUCCAAAUCCAUUUGGGCACUUCAUCUCAGUUCAUGAGGUUUCUGAAGAUGUAGCAAGAAAUUACAAACAACAAUUGGAGAAUCAAGCCAAGGAUUUGUUCCUUCCAUUUCGUUGCUUUUGCACUAGAAAAGAUAUCAAAUGCAAUGAAGUAAUAUUGGAAGAAUCAGACAUAUCAAAGGCAAUACUCAACUAUGUUGCAACUCAUUCUAUUGAGACUUUAGUACUUGGUGCAGCUUCAAGAAACAGCAUUGUCAAAAGAUUCAAACCUACAGAUGUUCCAAGCAGUGUUUCAAAAGUUGCACCAGAAUUCUGCACUGUUUAUGUUAUUGCCAAAGGAAAGAUCUCCUCUGUUCGCUCUGCUAUGGCGUCAGCACCUUCGAGAUCGAAUUCUCGUAACAACAUUAACCAUAUACCUCAUCAUGUUCCUCACAAUGUACCUCAACAUCCCAGAACUCCUGAGAGAUCACAUCAUAACAAUCAUGGCAAUCAUAGCAACCAUGGCAAUUAUAACACUCUUUACCAUCAACCAGAUGAAAUGGAAAUGAGGUCACCUUUCACAAGAGGCAAACAUUCAAUGAACAAGUCAUAUGAACUCUCACAAGACACUGACAUAUCCUAUGUGACAAGUGGAAGACCAAGUAUAGAUCGUUUGUUUCCUUCAAUCCAUGACACAAGUGAUCAACAAGGAAAUAGCCCCAGAUUCUCAACUAGUUCUGACUUUGAUGUUCUCAGGAAUUUUUCAUCAUCUUUAUCAGGACACAAGUCUAUUGACUUGAGCUCUUCUCAUUAUGAAUUCUCUAAUCAUUCCAACGAAAGUGGGAAUUCGAAUUCAUCUCAGAACAUGGAUGAUGUUGAAGCUGAGAUGAAAAGGUUGAGGUUAGAGCUUAAACAAACAAUGGAUAUGUAUAGUACCGCGUGUAAGGAGGCGCUCUCAGCGAAUAAGAAGGCACAUGAGCUUCACCGAUGGAAAAUGGAAGAAGAACAGAAACUAGAAGAGGCGCGACUAGCUGAGGAGGCUGCAUUGGCUCUUGCAGAGAAGGAAAAAGCAAAGUGUAAGGCAGCCAUUGAGGCAGCCGAAGCUGCUCAAAGGCUUGCUGAAUUGGAAGCACAGAAGAGAAUUCAUGCUGAAAUGAAAGCUCAAAGAGAAGCUGAUGAGAGGAAGAGAGCACUUGGGGCCUUGUCUAGUGGAGAAAUAAGGUAUAGAAGAUACACCAUUGAUGAGAUUGAAGUAGCAACACAAGAUUUCGCUGAAUCUCGCAAGAUUGGAGAAGGAGGCUAUGGACCAGUGUAUAGAGGUGAAUUGGAUCAUACCCCGGUUGCUAUAAAGAUUCUUCGUCCAGAUGCAGCUCAAGGAAGAUCCCAGUUUCAACAAGAGGUUGAAGUACUAAGCUGCAUAAGACAUCCUAACAUGGUACUCCUUCUUGGAGCUUGUCCCGAGUUUGGUUGUCUUGUGUAUGAGUACAUGGCUCAUGGAAGCUUAGAAGACCGCCUCUUUCGAAGAGGUAACACCCCAAUUCUUUCAUGGCAAUGUAGGUUCAGAAUCGCUGCAGAGAUUGGCACCGGUCUCUUGUUUCUCCAUCAGACAAAACCCGAACCUCUUGUUCACCGCGACCUUAAACCUGCAAACAUUUUGCUAGACCGAAACUAUGUUAGCAAGAUUAGUGAUGUAGGCCUAGCAAGACUUGUUCCUCCAUCAGUAGCUGAUUCUGUGACUCAAUACCGAAUGACAGCAACAGCAGGAACAUUUUGUUACAUUGAUCCUGAGUAUCAACAAACCGGUAUGCUUGGUAUUAAGUCAGACAUUUACUCAUUCGGGGUCUUGCUUCUACAAUUGAUAACAGCAAAACCACCAAUGGGAUUGACUCAUCACAUGGAAAGAGCUAUUGACAAAGGUACUUUUGAAGAAAUGCUUGACCCUGCUGUUACUAAUUGGCCUAUGGAAGAGGCAUUCAAAUUCGCUAAACUAGCACUUAAGUGUGCUGAAAUGAGAAGAAAAGACAGACCAGAUCUUGGCAAAAUUGUGUUACCUGAACUUAACAGAAUGAGAGAAUUAGCUGAAGAGAAUAUGCCUGCUGAUGGGACUGGCUAUAUACCAGCUUCACAUUCCCCUAACCGUGGCCCGAGUUCAUCUCCAUCACAGGAUGUCAUGAGUGAUCAUAUGCAACGAAAUUCGGGGUACGAAAGCUCAAGAAGCCUUUCUAGUACAUCAUCUUCUACAGAGAAAUAACUAGAGCUUAAAGACAUUGAAAUUUACUGGCUUACAUGGUUCUUGAAGGUCAUUACAUUGUCUAUAUAUAUAAAUAUCAAUUAACAAGGAGAAAAUUAGCUUAAUAUUGGUCAGAACAGCAAUCUUAUGAACUUGGCAAGUGUAACCUUUUUUUUUCUCAUUUUAUAAUGAAUGCAGAUAAAGAAAGUCAUAUUAAUUUGUGUCACAGAAUUGAAAUUGUUUAACAAGAUUUCUUUUUUAAAUACUAAGCUUCAGAUCUUUAUUUAUUCAAAUGAGAAACAAGCUCAAACAAGACCAUACAAACAAAGAGUUCAUCAUUAACUUCCUCCUCAUAAUAUAUAGAGAAGUAGAAGUUAAUAUAUAGAUAGCAACAAGAGUAAGAAGAGAUCAGAAGCUUUUUAGAUAGAGAUACUGUUGGGAAUUCCUUUGGCUGCAAUACCAAUUUCGCCAUUAGGAAUGAGAAGAUUGUAUGGGAACUUAACAAGCCCAUACCUGUUCUUCAAUGUUGCAUCAUUGUUCCUCUUAACAAUUCCAUCUUCAAUUUCGGAAAGUCUCCUUCCAAAUCUCUCAAAGGCCUGCAAAGGUUCAGCUUCUGCUGUCCAUUUUUCUUCUCUUUCGCCAAGAUAGACUUCAUCAGAAGCAUGCUUAGACAAGACCUCAAUAAUGGAAAUCUCAACUAAGCUCUGCAGCUCAGAAGUGAUGGUUCUCAAGAAAGCCUUCUCUGGAUUUGUUUUAAGCUCUUCAUAUUCACGAGUACCCUCUUCAGGCAUGAGUCGCCUGCUUAUUGUGGGACGGUUUGGAAUGUACCCUCCAUAAGGAUAUUGCCCGAAAUUGACAGCUGCAUGAAGAGCAGAAGUAGUCCAUAUAGCUGUGGUGCAUGUCUCAACUAACUCUUCGCGAGUCUGCAUGCUCGGCCACCAUGACUUGUCUUUUAAGUCACCAUGACCGACCUCUCUGAGCUCCUUCCACCAUGCUUGGAGUUCUUUGUCGUUUUGAACAAUUUCAUCACUUUUGUAGUAGAAAGAACAGUACUCUUGAACCCAAUUUUUCAUUGCAGCCCAUAUUUCGAGUCCAUCAACAGCAUAUGGAUAGUCCUCUAUCAGUAGCCGAACACCAUGUGGUGAACUUGGAUCCUCAACUGCCACCCCCC